UUUAAAAUUCUGUCUGAAUCCAAGUGGAAGGAUAUCUCAAUCCCACGAUCAAUAAACCUUGUUGCUAUACAAACUUACGAAGAUUUUAAUAACAAGAGACAGCCACCUAUCAAUCCUUGACGAUAGAGCUUGCAUCCGCGUAUGGAUCGGAGUACCCAAAGUAUAUUGGCCUCUGCCGGCCAUGGUGUCCGGCUCCGUGGGAUCCGAAACUCGUGAACAGAUUCUUGUCUUAAUACUGGCCAAUUUCCUAUAUAUAACCACCUUACCUGCUGAACACCACAGCACUUGCAGCGCCGAGGCACACAUUUUUCUCUCGACAUGGCGGGGAAGGCACCCUUGUGUGCUUUCUUCUUCCUCUUGCUAUCGACGUCAGCGGCCGCGAUCAGGCCAGCGAGGUCAGCGGCGGCGGCGGCUAGGAGAGCGGCACUGGAGAAUGGCCUUGGCCGGACUCCCCAGAUGGGUUGGAAUAGUUGGAACCACUUCCACUGCAAAAUAAACGAAGAGAUAAUUCGAGAAAUCGCUGAUGCUAUGGCGGAUAACGGCCUUGCAAAGCUUGGAUAUGAGUAUAUCAACAUAGAUGAUUGCUGGGCAGCAUAUGAUAGGGACUCCGAGGGCAAUCUAGCUGCAAAUGCAUCAACGUUCCCAUCGGGAAUACCAGCCUUGGCAGACUAUGUGCAUGGAAAAGGGCUCAAGCUAGGGAUCUAUGGUGAUGCAGGGUCACGGACUUGCAGCAAAUUGAUGCCCGGUUCGCUUGGGUACGAAGACAAAGAUGCAAAAACCUUUGCAUCUUGGGGAGUCGACUACUUAAAGUAUGACAACUGCAAUAACCAGGGAAUGAGUCCUCAGCCAAGAUAUAACGCGAUGAGCAAAGCACUUCUGAAUUCUGGGAGGAAUAUUUUCUUCUCCCUUUGUGAAUGGGGAGUGGAUGACCCAGGGACAUGGGCAGGUGUAGGAAACAGUUGGAGAACUACGGGUGACAUCAAGGACACUUGGGCAAGCAUGACAGCUAUUGCCGACAAGAACAACAAGUGGGCAUCAUAUGCUGGGCCUGGUGGAUGGAAUGGUAAGUCCUUCAGGCCUGUAAACAUUUCCAGCAACCAGUAUGCUUUCUCUUGAACGGGCAGCUGCCUCUGCUUUCAGACCCAGACAUGCUAGAAGUUGGAAAUGGGGGUAUGACAACAGAAGAGUACCGCUCCCAUUUUAGCAUAUGGGCUCUAGUGAAGGUAAUGAUAUGCCUACAUUUGAGCUUAGUGUCAUUGCAGUUACCCAAGGUCAAGAACAACA